CUGAAACCCACACGCAUCGGCUCCGCGAGUUCCAUUCCACUGCAACGGAACACUGCAUGUCGAGACCCUCUCAGACAGUCGAGUGUGGAUCAGCUUAUCCGCUCGCAGGGGCAUCGCCGCUUUGCUCGCUCCACUCAAUGGCAGACACAAGGACCAGGCGGCAGAACCACUCUUGCGAGCAAUGCAGGAGGUCCAAGAAGGCAUGUGAUGGCUUCCUACUCAAUAGUAUUGACCGACGCGCUUCCGAUGCGGCGUCGAUCGCGUCACCCGAGACCCCAUACUCUGACUCUGGCCUGCGCCCAUGCUCCUACUGCCUCAAGACCAAGAAACUAUGCACCUUAAACUCGCACUGGGGAAAGUCUCGGUCUCAAACCGGGCAAUCUCCCUCCAGCGCCGCCGACUCUCGUGACGAUGCAAGUUCUCAAGCCAAGCGACAGAGAACCGACCACCACAGCAUGUCAGCCCCAACUGUGAUUCCUAAUAAGGGUCUCGAUCUCAGCUCAGGCAUAUUGAGUCUACUCCAAACGCCCUCGCCAAGCCACCACUCGUUUCCUUGGGAAGCCACCAUCCCUAGGUUGGAAUGCCACGGAGGGUUGCCGAUGAGCAGCUCAGUCGGCUCCCUCGGAAUAGAUCUAGGACAAGGUAGCGAUGAGGGAAACUCUCAAACUGGGUCUCAAGAUCUUGCCUUCGAAGCGCUCACUGGAUCCAGCAGCCACGAUCACCAAAGACUUGACAGCGUCUUCAAUCCCACAGUCUACUCCGGCUCGCAGGAAUCGGAACUCGACUUCCAGGUCUGGGACUUUGCUCAAAGCUGUUCCGAGCCUGGGUAUUCAUCCUUCUCCCCUCAACCCACACCCAACAGCAGCAAUGGCGUCCGAAAAACCCGCAGAAGACGUCGACCGUCUGAUGACUGGCCAGCACAGUCCAGAACCUCCGCUUCUCCACUCGAUCCCGAUUACACCAUCAUGACAGGUUCGAACAACCGCCUCAUUACGGAAAGUUUGCUUCAGAUAUACCACGACGUGCUUGAGAACAACCUCGCCUGCUGGCUAGCCGAGGAAACGUGUCCGUAUAAUGUGGAACGGAGAAGACGCGGAUUUCCUGGCAUGGAUCCGAGCUACGUCGCAGAGUUCAUGCCUCGGAAUGCAAAUGCACGGCCUGGGCGAGGUACAAAUUGGCCAAACCGAAUUUACCAGCGCGUCUUACAACUUGACCGGGUCGCUCAAUCCACCAAGAUGAUCCGCCUCACACGCGCCGAAAGCCACGCCGCCUCGAGAGCCCUUGAUUUGGCUAUCAUGGCGUUUGCUACACAGUGGGCACAAGGCAGCCGCCGUCAAGAACAGUAUUCGUCACAGCCUGUCGAGACUCCUGAAGAUGAGCAUGAUGACUUGGCCAACGCAAUGAACGAGGAAUUCGAGCAAAAUCUGCAACAAUCAAUAUGGGAGCAAGCAAAAAAGGCCCUGCAAGAUGUUUCCGAGUUGGAAUCCUACAGGGUGAUAUAUGCCGAGCUCGUGUUUGGUCUGACUCAGAGACCAUGGGCAAGCGAUGAUCACUCAUCCCACAACAUCACUAUUCCCCGCUCCACGGGUAGAACCAAAGGCAUCAAGGAUUCCCUCGUACCCCAGAUUAUGGAGAUCAUUUCACAAGAAGGACCGCCUGUGUACAUGGAAAGGGCAACGCGGAAAAUCCACGCUCUCAAAUUCCGCCUGGAUGCGAAUGAGAGUGGCUUUCUCGAAACCAACCAAGGGUCCGCCAACAGACAAGAUGCAGAUGCCGUGCGCAGAAUAAAUUCCGACGAAAGACGUACAAUUGGCCUCAUUUACUGGCUCGCUGUCAUGUUCGACACUGUGUCCUCGUCAAUGGCCGAGCGGCCCGUGGCUCUUGCAGAUGAAGACUGCCAGCAUGAAGCCCAGUCCAAAGUCCCGCGAGCCACUGCAUCUGUCUCUAAAAGCUACCUCGGCGCUCACCGUUGGAAACUCGACUUGUUUGUCCAAGACAACCCUGAGAAGCCAUCUUUAUCACUACAUUGGCCUUGUCCUGCCGAUGUUGCCGCCAAGGCCGUCGCCAGGUCAGCGCCGGUAAAGAUAUUGCUCUUCAGACACCUAGCGUAUCUCCAGAACGCCUUACGGAAAAGAGACUACGGCCAGCCGAUUGAGGACAUCAUCCGGAGUGUAACGUUGCUGUAUCGAUACUGGAACAUGACUCACGGUGGUUUCUUCCGGGAGCUGGUCAAGAAUUACCACUCGGUCCCACCGCGCAUCAGGAGCUGGUUUGUCUGCAUCGCCAUUCCUUGGCACCUUGGCUCGCUCAUGCUUGCCGACUUGCUUGAUUUUGUGGACAGCAACGCUCUUGGAAUGGAAGAUGCCACUCUGAGGCGUCUUGAUUCUGGCAUGGCGUCAAGAAUCAGGAAGGCGAGCGCGAUGGAUCUCUCCGAUCUUGCCAGAGUGACGUCGCCGCCUAUCGAUGAUGAAUCUGGAGACACCCCCGAAGAGCAGCUACCAGACUUUCAUUUUGCCGUGAAUGAAGGGCCCCUUUUGACAGAGCCGUGGACAAUCAUCCUCAUCAGGGCAUUCACCAAGGCCUCUGUCUUUCACUUGAGCGUCGCAGAUGAUCUGAGGCAAAAUGAAUGGGGUAUUUUAGGUCACGACAGUGAGGAGUUUCAAGACAGCUUGAGACGGUCUGAAAACUGCAUACGGGCUCUUUGGUGUCUGGGUAAAAAGUCGGAAAUGGCCAGGAACGUAACGAAGGUGCUAUCUCAGGCGUUGCACACCCAGCGGACGGGUGAUACCCAAACGUUGGAUGAGUGAUUAUUUAGAUGUUUUUAUUGGAUACCUCUGACAGAAUAAAUCUUAAUUACUAUUUCGG